AGUUGAGCCGACACACAAUAACAUAGUUAAUUCACCAACGGAAUUUGUUGCCAUAGCUCCAGGGAGGGACAGGGUGGAGGAAACAAUGGCCUUUUUCACCACAACCUGCCUGUCCCCACACAACAGGCCAUCACUGAGCCAGCGCAGAGCACAGCAAUUGUCAGUGAACAACAGCCCUGAGAGGACAACAGGAAGCUGGUGGUAAAUAAAGGAAGAGCGCCUGGCAACUGGAUCUCCGCUAAUUCAAGCUCUGGGACACGACUACCUCCUCCAGCUUAUCUUUAAGCUUAACCUUUGGUUAACUGUUUCCGUGAAUCCACAGAAAGAAAAUGAAAGGACCCUAAAACAGAACAGAAGCAGACCAGGAGGAGACAUGGUGGGUCACCAGGCUGGCACCAUGGAAGAGGAUACCAGGAAUAAUUGCACUCCCCAAAUGGGACGCAAGACCCUGACUGCACCUGCCCCAUUUGCAGAUGAAACCAGUUGUCAGUGCCAAGCACCCCAUGAGAAACUGACCAUUGCUCAAGCCCGCUUAGGGACACCAGUUGACAGGCCCGUGAGAGUAUAUGCCGAUGGAAUAUUUGACCUCUUCCACUCAGGUCAUGCAAGGGCACUUAUGCAAGCGAAAACACUGUUUCCCAACAGCUACUUGUUGGUAGGAGUUUGCAGCGACGACCUCACUCACAAAUUCAAGGGUUUCACCGUGAUGAAUGAAGCGGAGAGAUACGAAGCUCUGAGACACUGUCGCUAUGUGGAUGAAGUCAUUAGAGAUGCUCCGUGGACACUCACCCCAGAGUUUCUGGAAAAACACAAGAUUGACUUUGUGGCCCACGAUGACAUUCCGUACUCUUCUGCUGGCUCUGAUGAUGUUUACAAGCAUAUAAAGGAAGCAGGGAUGUUUGUUCCAACACAGAGAACAGAAGGCAUCUCAACGUCAGACAUCAUCACCAGGAUUGUCCGUGACUAUGAUGUUUAUGCCCGACGCAACCUCCAGAGAGGGUACACAGCAAAGGAACUGAAUGUCAGCUUUAUCAAUGAGAAGAAGUACCGCUUCCAAAACCAGGUAGACAAGAUGAAAGAGAAGGUCAAAAACGUGGAAGAAAGAUCAAAGGAAUUUGUGAACAGAGUGGAAGAAAAGAGUCAUGAUCUAAUUCAGAAGUGGGAGGAGAAAUCGAGGGAAUUCAUUGGCAACUUCCUAGAACUGUUUGGGCCUGAUGGAGCAUGGAAGCAGAUGUUCCAGGAGAGGAGCAGCCGGAUGCUGCACGCCUUGUCCCCGAAGCAGAGCCCUGUGAGCAGCCCCACCAGGAGCCGGUCCCCUUCCCGCUCCCCGUCGCCCACCUUCUCGUGGCUCCCGCACAAACCCUCACCCCCCUCCUCACCUAAAGCCGCCUCAGCCUCCAUGAGCAGCAUGAGUGAGGGGGAUGAGGAUGAGAAGUAAAGUCUGCUGGCUGACAACCAGAGCCCCCGCCACACGAGAGCCCCCACCACAUGGGGCAGGGGGGGUGCAGGGCGGGGGCAUGGGGGAUGCCCUGGGGCAGGGGGGAGGGCAACAGUCGCUGGCGCUGCAGCUCAGCCCAUGACAUAGCUCCCCUCGGGACCAGCUCCCCCUCAGUCUCCACUUUGCCCCAAACCCAGGCUCUGCAUGGAGGUUUCCAGGCGGGCAACCUAUACAGACCUUCUUAGCAUCAUCUAGAACCACCCUUCUUUAACCUUGCUAAGGAAAGAGGCAGAGCACCCCUGGGAGACUCGCACUGAGUGGGGUGUCUUCUGCUUUGGUCCUUACUUCCACCCCCACCAGGUAUAUCACCCAUGGAAGCAGCUGUACCCGAAGUCUGCUCCUUUCAGCUCCUAAGGGCCGUGCACGUUGCCUCCUACCGCCCAAGCGCUGCCAGAAUAAAGUUAUUUCCAGUAGAGGUGGCACAGUGCUUCUGAAAUAGUCGAGCUACAGACAAACGCCAGCCUUCUCAGUUUAGCCACUGAGACCAGAGGUUGCAACGCAUCAGUCCUUUGCAGUUCUAGGAACGUGGCGUCUAGACCAAGCCUUGCUUUAGGCCAGAUAUAUCCCAGGUCACCUAGUGUGAACCUCAACUUCUCAUGCCAAGGACAGUUCUUUCCAGGAGAAUGCCCCCUAAGGCCUAGUGUCUUCUCCUGGCUGUACUCUUUCAUCAUUGGUUUGACUUCCUUGUUCUCUAUAAAUUACCUUAGACUGUGGGAAAUGCAAGAGAACAUCCUAUAGACAUAUACACACAAGGAGCUGCUCUGCUUUGGCUCUGAGUUUAGCAGAUGGUUGCUGUUUCCUGAAGCUUCUCCUUCAAGGAUGCUGUCAUGGAAUGGCUUUCCCCAUUUCUGACCAGUGAAUAGUUCUGCAGACCUCAAGCAGCAGUUUGAUGUCCCAAGCCACAAAGUAUACCAAUAGGGGGUGCUACCUGCACAUAUCUCUGUUCUAUGUAUGCUUCCAAGAUGCCAUCCAGGGUGUGUACCAUAUGCAACAAGUCAGUGGUGGCAGCAUUUUAUACUGUCCCCCUCUCCAGCUCCCACCCUAAUACCCCACUGAAAUCCUCAGUCUUCAGAACUACCUGGUUCCCUUGGAACUUGGGCACCUGGUCAAAAGCUCAUCCUGCAUUCCUGCAGAAAUGUCUUGUCCCAGCCAAGAAAUCGGCGGGUGGUGCUCAUGGCCUCCCAUCAUCGUUGCAGGUGGAGGAAGGCUCUGAGAGUUUCACUGAGCACAGUGAGAGCCUCAGCCUCUGAACAGGCCAGGCAGUCCUGUAAUUACUCCCAGCCUUAGGCUUCAAGUGGGUUGAAGACGCUAAGCCUUCCCACCGAGGUGUCUGAUGUUGCUAUCUGCUAAGCACAGGUAGACGCGAGCAGGUAGAGGCGAGGGGUGGGAGCAGACGCCUGGGUAGAAGCGGCAUCGUCUGGCUGUGCCAUUGGAGCCAGGGGCCCAGAACAGUGACACGGGCAGCGCCCAGCAUCCCUCAGGACAGGAACACUCCCUUUCAGAGGCCUUGGGGAUUAGCCCUCUGGGAGACACAUGGGGCAACCAAGGAAGGAAGGUGGCGUGUCUUUCCCCUUGCACUGGGGUUGAACUACCUCCCUGCCCACCUGGAGAUGGUAGGGUUUGUUGGGAAGCAGAGCCACGAGCUCAGCUGGCUUGGGCACUCCCUUGUUCCUGGCAGUUUUUCCAGAACUCUUGUCGAGCAUUCAUGUGGGACAGAGAGCUGGUGGGAAGAUGGCACGUGAGAAGAAAAUUUCUUGCUGCCAUCAAGGCCCAGAGGAUGGCCCCGUGCUUCCACUGUGCCGUGUGAUCUCUCUCCCACUGUGUUCCCUGGGCACACUGGCCGCGUAUGCCCCCGUCUCCCAAGCACUGACAGGAGGCAGCGGCCAGCUGCACAAGGCAGUGGGAACAAGGGAAGAGAAAAGGAGAACAAGGUGCCUGGAGGAAGGAGAGAAGCUUCAAGAAAAUCUGCAUGCUUGACUCAUGUGAGGGCCUCCCUCUGUAGGAGAAACUCUUGGGAAUGCCUUUUCUGGUUCUAGGCUCCGGCCCAGAGCAGAUAAACCCAUGUUUACCUGAUUCGUGCUCCGGAGCAAACAGCUUGGCAUUCACGUACCAGGCGGCCUCUGACUUUGCAGGCCUUACACACCACACUGACGCGUGCCACCGCCAUGACUCAUUCAGCGCCAGGGACAGGCCAUCAAACCCACAAGCGGGCUCCAAGUCUCACCCCAGGCCCACUUCUGAGCAUUAACAAUACCUCCCCUCCCACGGCUGCAAGAUUAAUGAGAAGGGAUGGGGGAGUCUGCAACCCAAUCUUUGUUGCAUCCUGGCCACCAGCUUCUCCCUGCCCCUCCUCCCCUGCCUGGGAGGAGAUGCGGUGGCUGGCAGGCCACAGUCAUGGCCCCAAGGGAGUCAAGGCUGGCAUGGGAGCAGUACCAAGUGUGACUCAAGCUCAACAGGUAAGCAGAAAUGCCAGAAAGCAAGGAAAUGUUCUUUUUCCCUAGAUAGGGAAGGAAGCUUCAGACUGAGGGCUGAAGGACAGCAAUUUAGGUUGUGGAAGAAGGCAGGAUAGGUGAAGAAGGGCAAGCGUGGGAGCGCAGUGCCUGUCCGCUCCCUUACAGGGGUCGCUCACUCCCUAACAGGUGAAGAAGGCAGGCUUCCUUUCACUGACAGCCAAGGUUAGUGGGUACCCAUGCAGGUUGUGGGUUCCCCCUGCCCAGCUUUCCCAUUUCAGCCCUUCUCCAUCAGCUGUCACAUCUUCCUCCUGGGGACCCCAAAAUCCAAUGUUCACCAGCUAAAAACCCAGGGCAGUUGUAAUGUCAGAGUCACACUGAAUGGCCCGUUUCUGGCAAGCCAGCUCCCAUGGGCCAGGACUUGGCAAAGGCGAAGGAAACCAACCUUAAGAGGAGUGAUCCCGAGACCCAAGUCCGCCUUCUGACCUGCUCUGCGGGGAAGACACACAGCUGCAGGACGGCCUGAGGUUGGAGUUACUGAGAGGCCAUCCUUGGCGGGAGGGACGGGAAGAGCGUGGAUUCCUCCUCUCCAUCUUGGGACUUAUCAGCCAGGCACGCCCCGGGGAGAGAGACGCAAGAUGGCAAUAUAGACUCAGCUGAAUCCAAUGAGCCCGAAGGGAACAGAGAUGUCCCUGUUCCCCAGGCAUCCGGUCAGCACUAGUCUUGGCCAUCAGAUUUUUCUUCUUUUAACAAAAGAGCUCAUGAGGCAUUCUGCAACUUCUACUUCUCUCUAGACUUGAGUUUUUUUGUUGUGUCACUGCGAUGUGUCCCGGGACAAAGCCAUAAGAAGAGCAUACAUACUUCAGACUAUGCUGUACAUAAAAGACAAGACGACGACUCGUCUGGGUUAAAGCACGACCUUACGCCCAAGCGUUUGCUCUGGUGCUGAAUCAUGCGAACUUCUGGAAUCAGCCCCCACCCCCUCCCACCCCUGCACCUCCCUCUCCGCGCUCCAAACCCACUCCUGCUUCCCAACAGGACAUGGCAUUCUCAACUUGUUUAUAAAUAAAGGGAUGCAGAAUUGC